AUGUCGGAUAAGGACCCCGAGACAGUCGCCGCUCAUAUCGAAAAGGUGAAGGGAAAUCUCGACGAUCCGGCUGAAAGAGGGCGUCAAAUCCAGGAAGAAGAGCGUCAGCUGAGUGUGUGGGCGACAAUGAAGCUGCACCCUUGCGCAGUUCUAGUCUGCAGUGUUGCGUUUGCUGCGGGUCUCAUGUUCGGCUACGAUCAAAUAAGCAAUGGUUCCACCAUUGCCAUGCCUUCCUUCAUCCUUUAUUUUGGCGACGUUGGGUCGACCGGGCUAUAUCUUCCGUCGAUCUGGACUUCCCUGUGGACGUCAAUGACCUCGCUCCUUCAAGCAUUGGGUGCUAUCGCGGUUGGUAUGGUCUCUGAUCGAUUUGGUCGGAAGUGGCCCGGAGUCAUCGCGGGAGUUAUCUCUCUGGCUGGAACUGCGGUCCUCUUUACGGCGAAGAGCAGAGGAGCGUUGCUUGCUGGCAAGAUGAUCUGUGGUUUCUCGAUUGGCGCAGGAUUAGCGACAGGGACGAGUUACGCCUCUGAGGUUGCACCUCUUUCCCUGCGCAAUCCCAUUCAGGUUGCCCUUGUCCUGUUUAUUGUCUUCAUGCAGGGUCUGGCUCUCGGAAUCGUGCGCAUAUUCGUCCCAAGCAUGGAAGAACACGCUUUCAGGACCGUAUUCGCCAUCCAGUGGGCUGUUGGAGGUCUGAUGACGAUUGCCUUCCUUCUUGUUCCAGAGUCGCCAGUCUUCCUUGUAAAUUCAGGCCGUGUCGAUGAAGCUAAAAAGGUCCUGCAGAAGCUCUACAGCUCGAGGAUUAGCAUCGAUGACCGUUUGGCGUACCUCGUCAAGACCAUCUCCGAGGAGCAAGAGCAGGACAGAAUCUCCCCGGGAUCUUACCUCGACUGCUUCAAGGGCACCAAUCUGAAGCGCACUCUGACGGCGAUGUUCCUCUACAGCACUUGCAACCUGGGUGGAGCUGCAUUCCUCGCGCAGUCCAUCUAUUUCCUUCUUACUCUUGGUCUCCCUGCCGUGCAUGUUUUUGACAUCUCCAUCGGCGGAUUUGGUUUGGCGGUCAUCAUCAUCCUGUUGACAGGAGCUCUGGGAAAAUUUCUCACCAAGCGCACCAUGCUGCUCAUCGGUUUGGUGAUCAACCUCGUGUUUUUGAUCAUCAUUGGUAGUCUCUACUAUGCAUCCGGCACCGGUCCCACUUGGGCCAUUGCAGUGUUGAUGAACCUCCUCAUCUCCUUCCAAACCAGUCUUAUGCAGGCUGGGGGUUGGCCCAUUGCUGCUGAGAUCUCCAGCUACCGUCUACGCGCCAAAUCCCUUUCAAUUGGGUAUUUUGCCCAGACGCUGUCCACUUGGGUCACGAAUUUUAGCGUUCCAUACAUGUACAAUGUUGACUCGGGCAACUUGGGAGCCCGCACUGCUUUCCCGUUUGCGGGUCUGACAGUGAUUUUGCUCCUGGUUGCUUGGUUCUACGUCCCCGAUACUACGGGGUUGACAACCGAGGAGAUUGAUCACUUGUACGAAGAUAAGGUGCCUGUCAGGAAGUUUCGCAAGUUUGUGCCUCAGGGAUGA